AUGAACUACGCCAACAUGAUUGAGGAGAAGAACCUCAAGAAAACAUUCAUCAUCGCCACACUAUGCUCUACCCUCGUCGGAACCUUUACCUCGUCGAUGGGUCUCUACGACCGUGUCAAAGAGAAGCGCAAACAGGCCAAGCGCGACACCACCCAAGACGAAGAGAUCAAGAAGCUCAGAGCCGAUGUCGAAAAAGCCUCCCACGAACGCGACCGCGCCGCCUCCGACCGGCAACGAAUACGAGACGAGGUCGAAAACUCCUUUGAGCGAUCGGGUGCCCUCAUCAAUCGCGAGUUCGAAGACGGAUACAGGAGAUAUGGCCAGAGAUUUGCCAUCGGGGAUGUCAUUACGGAGAAUAAAUUGCAGGCGCAGGUUAUUGCCAUGCAGCAGACUGUGAUCAAUGUUCUCCAGGAUGCGCUGUAUAGUGGACGACCGCUUGAUCGGGCGGAUAUGUCUAGACUUAUUGCUGCUUCUGAUGCGGCGAGGGAGGGAUCCCUUGGCGCAUUGCGACAACAGCGAGAGCGAUUGGAAGAUCGUGGCCCUUCACCUCCACUUCCACCUCCCCAAGUCCUCCCUCCUCCUCCUCGAGCGCCUACCGUGGUCGCAGACGAAUCUCUGUACUGUCGGUACGCCCUCGACCUACAACACAUCCCCGAACAAGGCCUUGCUGCAAGCUUCAUCCCCCGCGGCGAUCAUCUCUGCCCCGCCUGCGACGUACAUAUUGAUGUGGAUGACGAUGACGGCUGGGCAAUUGGUAAGACAGCUGUGCGUCUGAUCAACGACCACGGUUACAAGCGUGAGAUCGACGAAGAGCUCGAAUUCCACGUCAGUCCGCGCUUCGUCGUCAAAUGCCAUACACCCGAAGGAGAAUUCGCAUGCGUACUAUGCAGCCGCUUCCGGGAAGAGGACGUCCUAUGUCCCACCGCCGACACUUUGAUCAAUCACAUCGGCCGAGUACACAAUGUUGCGGAGAUGGAGAGGGAGCUAGACUUUGAAUCUCCGUCGCUGGUUUGUUACCUAUGA